AUGACGUCAGAGGAGAAGGCGAGGCCUAUCGAGGAAGGAGGAGGAGGAGGAGGAGAAGGAGGAAAGAUUCCCAGUAUGGAGAUAAAUCCACAUUCGAGCAGCAGCGUGCACAUCACGUUCGCCAAGAGGAGGAACUUGCUGAUGAAGAAGGCCAAGGAUCUAUCGCAACUCUGCGACGCCGAGGUCGGAAUCAUCAUCUUCUCCUGCACCGGACAGCUCUAUGAGUACUCGAGCUCAAGCAUGGACUCGGUCAUCCAACGCUACAACAAUCUAAAGCAGGAGGCCCAACCGGAAUUGGAUCGGCCAACCGUUAAUGCCGAGGUUUUAGAAGAAGAGAUAGCAAAAUUGACUCGUCAACUUCAAGGUCUGCAAGAGUACCACAGGCAACUGAUGGGUGAAGACCUCUCUGGCUUGAGUGUAAAGGAUAUACAGAAAUUGGAGAGCCAAUUAGAAAUGAGUUUAUCGACCAUCCGCCUUCAAAAGGAACAGAUAAUGACGGAUCAAAUCAAUGAGCUCCAUCGAAAGCGUCACCUCAUUCAUCAAGAAAAUAUAGAGCUGCAGGAGAAGGUAAAUCUUAUUGACAAAGAAAAUGCAGAAUUCGUGGAGAAGGUGUCGAUUAUGUAUGUGUAG